UCCACGGUACCCGUCACAACCAUGACGGAAGUCAUAGCUCCGCGAACGAAUGGUACCGCAUCCACCGCCGCCCAAUCUGGACUCCAGCGCCAGCCCUCCUUUUCUUCCUUUCCGUCGUCUCGCUCCCCCUCCGCCGUUUCUAGUCGCAACGAGGGCAGGAAGCCACGCUCCCCCCAGCCGCCCAUGGUGCUCGAAGACGAUGUCUCGAUUGAUUCGUCUGCGGACUCUUCCCUCUACCCCACAAACUCCAGAAGGGCACUCCUGCGCUCCCAAUAUCCCGCCAAUUCCGUCGAGAAUCAUGUCGAAUAUAUUCUAGUCGCCUCCUUCGACAUUGACCGCGGGCCGGUUUUGGAACAUCAGUAUCCAGGUGCCAUAAGUGGGGAUGAGACCAUGUUAGCCGAACUGAUGCUUCCCGAUCAAGCCCACGAGCGGAGUCAAGAUUGGACUACCUUCUUCCUACACAAGGAUACGACUGCUGAGGAAGAGGAAAAGGAAGCGCGGAGAGAAAGACGUCGCAAGCGGAGGCGGCGGAAAGAGGGUGGGGAAGAUGGGGACGACUCUGUAGCUGGCGCUGAUGAGGAUGAAUCCGAAGGCGACUUGGAUUCGGAAAGUGAGGAUGAGAUGGGUCCGGACGGGCCUCCGCUUGUUUACGUCCUGAACUUGGUGAACACUAUACUGGACGAUACUAAGAAGCGGGGUGCUGUGGUGAAAUCGAUGGCUAUAUGUACAAGGCACUCCUUCCUCCACAUCUACAAGCCGCUACUACUGCUGGCCCUGCAGGAGUAUUUCAAAGCGCCCACGAUCGAAACUCUAGAAAUUCUAUACAGUUCGUUGAAUGCCAUGGACCUCUCCCUGCUCCCUAAGCUAUCGAAUUUGGAGACGUUUGUGCUUCAAGCGACCGAUGCAAAGGAUAUGUUUGUUGAGAAGUUCGAGCAGAUGAUAAGGCAGCGCAAAGCCGAGGAUGCCGAACGAUUGUCCGUCCCUUCGGCAAGCUCUCCAUCCUCCGAUCCCAAACGAAAGACGUUCGCCGUUCCUCGAGAUACGCACGAGUUCGAAUCCAAGGUGCUCUACAAGGGCGUGCCUGUACCCAUCAAGGUCCCAACUGCUCUCAGCCCCGAGACCGUUGGUGACUUUUCCCUUAUCAAGCUGAUUCAAACCUUUUCAGCGCCGCAUGCUUCCCAACCCCAGCCUUUUGCUCUCCAUCCACAUCUUACCACAAGUGGCGCCUAUACCCAUCCCAUUAUUGUCCUUGUCAAUGCUCUUCUUACCCAAAAACGCAUCAUGUUCAUCGGCUACCAGCGACCUUCAAGCGAAGUCGCCCAGGCGGUAUUGGGAGCAUGUGCGCUCGCAUCAGGUGGUCUUCUGCGUGGGUUCGUUCGUCACGCUUUCCCAUACACUGAUCUGAGCAAGGUUAAUGAUCUGCUCAAAGUCCCUGGUUUCAUCGCCGGAGUUACAAACCCUGCAUUUUCCUACAAACCUGAAUGGUGGGAUCUGCUCUGUGAUCUUCCUACGGGGCGAAUGAAAAUCAGCAACAAGAUCGAGAAUGCACAAGUGACAGAUGGGCAGAUGUUCUUCCAGUCGCAGGGUAUACCCGUAGGCGUUUAUCAGGCUGGUCCAGAUAGCAAAGGUGCUGUAGAUCCAACUGGCGACACGCAGUUCAUGGAGCAGUUGAAUCAGAGUAUCGCCAAUCGCCAUGGCGAGAAUCUCAUCCGCGCAAAAUGGCGCUCAUGGGUCCUAAAGUUCACCCGAAUCGCUGCCGCCUUCGAGGAAACCGUUUAUGGCGCCUCUGCUUUAUAUAUCGGCUCCCACGAAACCGACGUCGGCGCCUACGGUGUACAAGGCCACGGCUACGUCUGGCCUGAUGAAGCCACUAAGAUGCGCGAGCUCGCUGCUAAUGCACAUCGUAUCGAGGGAUGGCGGAGCACCAGAAGCUAUUUCAGUUUCAUCCAGGACCUCGCGUGGCACUGGGAGAAACGGCCCGUCCGCGGCAUCGACCUUCAUCACCAGCACGACAAACUGCGCUGCCUGAAACUCACGCAGGACCAGAGCGCGGCCAUAUACUUAGCGCUCGGGCGGUGCGUCGAAGAAGCCGGUAUUCCAACAUCCACAACCUCGACGUCCUCUGUCGAUCUCCCCAGCCAAGCAUCUAACUCGCUCACUAUUGCAAACGACCCUGAUCGCCAGCCUGGAGAGCAACUGCAAUACGACACCAUCCUGCAGCUCCUAUGUGUAAUUCCUGAGACAAAUUCGGGUCUGUUCUACCUCAGUCUGGGUUUGUUCCACCCCAGGCAGGAUGUCCGGAUCGCUGUAGUCAAGCUGCUUGAGCGCAUCAUGGAGCAUGCCGCUGGUAGGCACUUCUGGAGUUCGCUGGGCAGGUUUGCCAAGUUGGCGUUCUAUAGAGUCAAGAGAGAGGAGGUUGCGAAGUCAAAGGAUGAGAAGUAA